AUGACGGACUCGAAUCUUGCCAGUAUCACAAACGACUUGAACGCCCCUGAUAACACCAACGAUUCGAAUCUUUCCGAGUCUUUGGCCGACAUGGACCUUGAUCCAAGCUCCUCUUCGGAAGAUAAACGCUCCCGGGAAGAAUCCGAGGCUGCCGCGGAGGAGACGGAUGAGUCUAGCCCCCCUACCAAGAGACAGCGUCGUGGAGAGGACAGUGACGAAGAGGAGAUGGAUGACGAGAACAUCUCUGAACAACAAGGUGUCAUUCAAGAAAGUGAAGAGAACCGUGGGGAUGAGUCUCAACAGCAACGGAUCCUCCAAGAUGACGUCGACAACAACGAGGAUGCGUCUCAACAACAUGAGACGGUCCAAGAUGACGUCGAGAUCGGUUCUUCUUUGGAAAACAAUGUCGACUCAUCUCAUUCUGUCGACGAGAAGCCUUACCAACCCGUUGAUGCCAACAUUUACAGCCCUACCGCCUCCAUCGCCGAGGGAUCCAUGAUUUCUUUCGAAAUCUCACCAGGCAACUUUGACGACUUGCCACCCCUGGUGCCCCUCGACCAGCUGCAACAAGAUGCAGGUCCUGUCUCUGAGGUUUCUUCUGGGGGCGGGGACGCCGAUAGCAGCGCUUACAGUGCGAUGUUGGUGUCGUUUUUAAUACAAGCUGAGAGAAACCGGAGGAUCAACAAUACGAGACAUCGUCGUCGGAGAGGGAGGAGGCCACGCACCCCGGCGCCGGAGUGGAUGACCGGUAUCCCUAAUAGACCAUACCCGAGAUCGUUUAUCACAGGGCGGGAAUACAUCCGACGGGUCAUGAGCGAGCCAUAUGAGCUCUCAGAUGAGGAGAGUUGA